AUGCGCGCGAACGCCGCGCGCGCGACGCGCGACGCGACGGCGCGCGACGACGGCUGGCACGACGUCUGCGGCGUCGAAGAGGUGUCCCGGUCGAACGCGCGGCGCGCGGUGUGCGUCGCGGGACGACACCUCGCGCUCGUGCGCGCGCCGGCGCCGAGCGCGCGCUUGCACGCGAUCGACGCGACGUGCUAUCACAUGGGCGGACCGCUGCUGUGGGCGGAGAUCGAGGAGGUGCCGGGGCGAGGGGCGUGCGCGGUGUGCCCGUGGCACCGGUAUCACGUCGCGCUGACGACGGGCGAACGCGUGUACAGAGAUUUGAACGGUGAAUACGUCGGGAUCGCGCGAAAACAGCGCGUGCACGAAGUGAGGGAAGAUGAUGCGUCGGGACGGGUGUUGGUGCGGCUGAGUCGAGACGAGGAGGCGUGGGAGAGCGAUCGGUACGCGAUGAAGGCGCCGCCGCCGGCGUCGGCGGGGACGGGCGCGGGACCGAGGUCUGGGCACGUGUUCGCGGCAGGACGAGGACGCGGAGGGAUUAUAGGAGGUGGGUUCGAUCGAGGAGAGUGCGGACCGGGGGCGAGGACGAGCGGCGUGCGGUCGAUGGUGGCGCAGACGAUGCGCGGCGGCGACGGCGUCGCGCCGUGGGCGAUGACGGGGAGCGGCGGCGAUUCGUCGUUGGGCGCGUUCGGUGCGAGCGCGAUGAGCGUGCGACGUGUUCGUAAAAAGGUGACGUUCAGCGGGGAAGGCGACGGCGCGAGCGAAGACGAUGGCGAUGGAAUCGAAGAAAGUUAA